GGCUCGGCUCCUCCAGUCUGCUGCUGCACAUCCACAGCGGAGGAGGCGGGCCGACUGUAGCUACACCUCGGCCAGCGGUGCUGGGUCAUAGCGCUGGUGGAGGGGGGGCAGCACACUGCUCUUCUUGCCCUUCCUAAACCGUGCACAGCCUGAAGCAUUGAGGACACCCAUCACCUCAACGAGGACUGGAAUAGUUUGGGUUUUCGCCGAGACGCACCAAGUUGCAGCUGCAGAGGCGCACUUUUCUCCGGGGCUCCUCUCUCCUUUUGCGCUCACAGUCCGACAUGGAAGAUGGCCCGUCUUCAACAAGCUGUUUUAGAAGGUUGACGGACUGUUUCCUGGGUGCAAGCUUGACCGAUGAGAAAGUGAAGGCCUACCUCUCGCUGCACCCGCAGAUGCUGGACGACUUUGUGUUGGAGAGUGUGAGCGCAGAGACGUUGGACAGAUGGCUGAAGAGGAAGACCAGCAGCAGGCCUGCAGAUGACACAUCAGCUACAGCCGUCAGCAGGUACCAGGACUCAAAUAUGCAGGGUGUGGUGUACGAACUCAACAGCUACAUGGAGCAGCGCCUGGACACUGGAGGAGACAACAAACUCCUGCUCUAUGAGUUGUGCAACAUCAUCAAAAAAGCAACAAAAGCUGAUGGAUUUGCACUUUAUUUUUUGGGAGAAUGCAACAAAAGUUUAUGUUUGUUCACUCCAACGGGGACCAAGGAUGGCCCUCCAAGCCUCAUCCCCUCGGGCCCCAUCGCAUUUGGGACAACCAUCGCCGCUCAUGUUGCCAAAACUCACAAAACACUGCUAGUAGAGGACGUCAUGGGGGACGAGCGCUUCCCCGACGGCACAGGGCAGGACUCAGGGAUCCAUGUUCACUCUGUCCUGUGCCUUCCCAUCAUCACUGCCAUCGGGGACCUCAUUGCCAUCCUGGAGCUGCACCGGCAGUGGGGCCAGGAGCCCUUCAACCUCAGCCACCAGGAGGUUGCAACAGCUAAUUUAGCAUGGGCAGCAGUUGCCAUUCAUCAAGUACAGGUGUGCCGAGGCCUCGCCAAACAGACUGAGCUCAAUGACUUUCUUCUAGACGUGUCAAAAACAUACUUUGAUAACAUUGUGGCAAUAGAUUCUCUACUUGAACAUAUUAUGAUAUAUGCAAAAAACCUGGUGAAUGCGGACAGGUGCGCACUCUUCCAGGUAGAUCACAACAACAAAGAACUGUACUCCGACCUGUUCGAUAUCGGGGAGGAGAAAGAAGGAAAACCUGUCUUUAGGAAAACCAAAGAAAUUAGGUUUUCUAUAGAGAAGGGAAUAGCUGGCCAAGUGGCUCAGACAGGGGAAGUCUUAAAUAUCCCAGAUGCCUAUGCAGACCCCCGGUUCAACCGAGAGGUGGACCUCAAAACCGGCUACACCACGCGUAACAUCCUGUGCAUGCCCAUCGUGAGUAGGGGGAGCGUUAUAGGUGUGGUGCAGAUGGUGAACAAGCUAAGCGGAAGUGCCUUCACUCAAACAGAUGAGAACAACUUUAAAAUAUUUGCUGUCUUCUGUGCUCUGGCCUUACACUGUGCAAACAUGUACCACAGGAUCCGGCACUCUGAAUGCAUUUACAGAGUGACCAUGGAAAAGCUGUCUUAUCACAGCAUCUGCACAUCAGAAGAAUGGAAGACUCUUACCCAGCUUAACCUCCCUACACCUAUUUAUAAAGAGAUUGAAAUGUUCCACUUUGACAUUAGUCCCUUUGAGGAGAUCUGGCCUGCUGUCUUCAUCUACAUGGUUCAUAACUCCUGUGGAAAGACCAGCUUUGAGCUGGAGAAGCUGUGUCGGUUCACUAUGUCGGUGAGGAAGAACUACAGGCGUGUGCCAUACCACAACUGGAAGCACGCAGUGACGGUGGCUCACUGUAUGUACGCCAUCCUGCAGAAAACCUCCGGGAUGUUCACAGAGCUCGAGAAGAAAGGUUUGUUGAUUGCCUGCCUGUGCCAUGAUCUGGACCACCGAGGGUACAGCAACUCGUACCUGCAGAAGUUUGACCACCCGCUGGCCGCUCUGUACUCCACCUCCACCAUGGAGCAGCACCACUUCUCCCAGACCGUCUCCAUCCUGCAGCUGGAAGGGCACAAUAUUUUCUCCAACCUGAAACCCAGCGAGUACGAGCAGGUGUUGGAGAUCAUCCGAAAGGCCAUCAUCGCUACUGACCUCGCCCUGUACUUCAACAACCACCAGCAGCUGUCGGAGCUGAUGAACACAAGUGUGCUGGACUUGAAAAACCUCACACACAGGGACCGUGUGAUUGGUCUGAUGAUGACAGCAUGUGACCUGUGUUCUGUUACCAAGCAGUGGCAAAUCACACGACUCACCGCCAACGACAUCUAUGCUGAGUUCUGGGCUGAGGGAGAUGAGAUGAAGAAGAUUGGGUUGCAGCCGAUCCCUAUGAUGGACAGAGACAAGAAAGAUGAAGUUCCUCAAGGCCAAGUGGGAUUCUACAAUGCUGUUGCAGUUCCGUGCUACACGACACUAUUGGCGGUUUUCCCUCCAUCCGGUCCUCUUCUAAGAGCCUGCAAGGAUAACCUGAGCCAAUGGGAGAAGAUCUCGCGGGGAGAGGUGGAGGACGUCGUGCCCGAGCGGCCUUGUGAUCCAGGCCCUGUCAAGGUGGACAACUGACUACCAAAGGGGUUGCUGGCCCACCAAAGGAAUGCAACAAGAAUCCUGCCACGGACUUGGUCGUAGGGGGAAAACCCACAUCCUGUGUUCGCAGGAGACGGAUCAGCUAAAGGCGACCUGACUUUGAAAACACACAGUUACCUCAUUGGGUGACGGAGGUGUCAACACUGACGGUUUCACAGAUCCCAGAGACUGACAGACAACCGAUGGGGAAGAACUUGGACCCAUAACUCUACAUCCACUCAGCUUGGGAAUUCAUUUGGUAGAAUGGACUUGUGCCGUUUUGGUAGUUUAAUUUUGGCUCUGUUAUUUUAUGAUUUUUAUUUUAUUUUAUAUGAGCUGAUUCUUUUGUGGUCUUGUAUUUGCAGAGGCCUUACUCUGAACCUUUCACAGGCUAGACAUAUGUGAAAUCUUGUUCAGGCUUUUUUUAUUUUGAUUUGAAAUGGUACUGUUUGCCUUCUGUGGUAGGUUUAUCGUACGUGCACUACUUCAGCAAGGUAUUUCCAGAGACAGGAGGAAUGUGUAGAGCAGAUGUAUGGUUUAAUGCCACCUUACUGAGAAGGUGGAUGUCAGAAUGUUUUUUUGAUUACUUUUUGAGCAAAAAUCCUUUGCAGUACUUGAAUAAUAAAGACAUACAGCCUAUUCUACGUGGAGAAACCCCCCGCAGCGUAUUCCGCUAAGCGUGGAGGAACUGUGACGAGCAGAGUUAGAUCAUGUGGACACUUGUGGACACAGUCACAAGAGAGUCACAAUGUUUCUCCCUGAAGUGGACCCCACAGCACGGCCCCCGGACCCUCCUGGCAUUUAGGAACCUGCUGCAUAGUCCAUCUAACAUCUUCUGAAUAGCAGGAUCUGUCCCUAGGCCAGCAGUAGUAAUAUUUGCAGGACAAAGAAGAUGCACAAAUAGCAUCAGCCACAGUAUAGUAGUGUGCAGGCUUAUAAUAAAGUAAGGUUGUAUACUAUUGUAUUUUUACUGUUAUAUUUCACGCCACUAUCUCCUCAUACAUUAUUUUACACAGCAAUCUGGUUUCUCCUCAUUAAUCAGUAAUCAUUUCUACAGCCAUGAAUAAAACAUGAGGAUACUGCACAAGUUGGUUAGGUGUCCCAGCAGAUUCUAAAGAUGUUUUGCAGUGACACAACAUGUUGACUUCCUUAUGUAAUGUCUAGACGGAACCUUGAUGUAUAGCAACAUGGUUAAGGAGUGAUGCAUUAGUGAGGUAUUAAUUAAAUGAAUAGGAGAAUGAGUCACCACAGAUAUGCUGACUCUUUUUGACAUAGACGGGUGUCCUUGCUGGGUUAAAAGCUACAGUGUGAAACAUUUAUGACACUGAAGCCUUUUUGCUGUAGUUGCCAGGCAGAGCAGCUCAACAGAAGUCUCACAAAUGGUCAGCUUCAUGUUUUCUCAAAAUGUCAGACCUGUUGGGAUAAAGUGCAUCAUGUGUCUAUCUCUGGGAUUGCAACACAAGAAUGUUUGGUUGACUCUCUGCAGGUGUGUAACACAGGUUCCCCAUGGCCUGUCCAAGAAAAUAAAUCGUCCUCUCCAGCGCUGUGCAAGGGGGUCCAUUUGGACUCUUUCAAAAUGAGUUUCCGAGAUCUUCCAAAAGACAAUAUUUCUUGUCUGAAACUGUCAUUCCAGUGGACAUCGUCCCUCCAAGACUGAAAAUACCGCUAAAAUAAUUUGUUUUUACAACUGGUACUGUGGCCCCCAAUGGUGUGAAUGUACAUUUAUGAUGAAUGUUUUGUUGAUUGCAAAAUGGUGGAGGCACGUGGGUCAGUGCGCCAUCAGUUUCCAUGCUGUGUUCCGUCUCACGUCUCAGAAUGGCUUCCAGUAAGCUUCAACCAAGAGCAACAAUUAGCAUGCACCUAAACUGACCUUUAUAUAUUAUUUUGCACACAGGUGUAUACUGUGGGCAAUCUAGGAAUUAGUUUGUACAGACUGAGAUGCUCUGAUUGCGCUAAACUGCAUGGCGGUGGUGCACUUUCAGACUUAGUGUGUACACUGUGUGUAUGUGUGUGUGUUUGCGUUUGAGAAAGAAUGCUUUUGACCGUCUCUUUUCCACUCCGUCCCCACCUGAGAACAUGGUUAAAUCCAUAACACUGCACUGUCCCUCCUACUUUUCAGCACCAGUUAUAUACCAUUGUCUGCACUAUGUUUAGCUUAUGAUCUUUAUCAUUUUUAUUAUUAUUGAUAAUUAUAAUUAUUAUUGCUAUUAUUACUAUUGUUAUUUUCUUAAUUAGAGUUAAAUUUAAAUUAACUUAUAUUUUUUAUACAAAGCAAAAUAAUGUUGGCCUUUUUGUUUUGUACAAAGUUAACAUUAUGAGAAACAAAACGGUCUUGACAUGUCACUGUUACCCAGAAUAAUUGCGGAAUGUUUAAACUGUAAAUGUAAGAGCAGUAGCCCAAAUGACUUUUAAUAAAUACCUGAAAAAUACA